UGAUGGCGGCAGGCAACUGAAACUGCAGCCCCGAAACCACAGACAGAGGAGACUCCCGUAGUCUUCCCAUCUACUGUUUCUCAGUUAUUCACAAGCUGCUUCUAAUGUUUCCACAAGGAAAACUCCAGGUCUUUUUCAAGCCUCGUGGGAGGGAGAGAAAGACAAGUAAUUACAACAGAGGGGGCCCAUGCUAUUCAAUACAGCAGAGUCUUCUCUCCAGACUUCAGGAAGUCAGCAAAGACCUCCCAGAGGAAGUGUUCCUCUUUCCCGGAUCUUUCCACUCCCAUAAGUCUGUCUCUUUCCUUGUUGCCCCCAUCUGCCUCCUUCCUCUACUUCCUGAGGUACCCUGACUAUCAGCAUGGAGCAAGGAGGCAGUGAAGGCCCAACCUCAAACCUCCAGCUGGUGUUCAAGGUCACUACAUCAGCAUCAAGUUAAAAAAUAAUGGCUGAUGCCCAGAAUGUUAAAGCUGGACAACACUGCAACCAUUGUGCCCACCCCCAUUGUAGAGCUGAAGAAACUGAGGCCCGGGAGCUUUGCCUGAGGGUAUACAGUCAAGGACAGUGCAGCCUAGAGCCUGAUACCCAACCAGCUAUGGCUUUCUCCCCAUCAUACAGAGACUGAGUAGGACUCUACUUUGGAUCCUAAGGAAGAAAAUUCUUCAUGUCAUCCACAGCUCUCAGGUGACCUCCAACUGUACCAGCCACUGCAGCAAUGAGGUCCUCCUUUCUCAAAACCUGUGUCUCCUCUCUUCUCCUUCUACGAUGCUCAUGGGCUUUCAGGCACAAAGGAUUCUCCCGUCCAAGCUAGUGUAGUGACCUUGAUUGUCCAUCAAAAACCCCAGCCAAAGCUUAUAACCCUGUGAUCCCCCAACCCUGCACUAUCCCUACACAUACCCCAUGGAUGGGUUUCUGCCAUUGUGACACCCUCCAAAAUCUCUCCCUUUGUCCUUCCCCUUUCAGGAAUCAUGCCCCCAUGAACCCCAAAGCUUUGCCCACAUGAUGGUAGAAGGUCCACAUUCCAACUCCACCUUCCCACGCCCAACCUUCUUCAUACUGACUGGCAUUCCAGAGCUAGGAGCUGCCCAGGCCUGGCUGACACUGGUCUUUGGGCCCAUGUAUCUGUUGGCCCUGCUGGGCAAUGGAGCACUGCUGACAUUGGUGCAGAUAGAUUCCACACUGCAGCAGCCCAUGUUUCUACUCCUGGCCACACUGGCAGCCACAGACCUGGGUUUAGCUACAUCUAUAGCCCCGGGAUUGCUUGCUGUGCUGUGGCUUGGGCCCCGACCUGUGCCAUAUGGUGCCUGCCUGGUCCAGAUGUUCUUUGUUCAUGCACUGACUGCUGUGGAAUCUGGUGUACUGCUGGCUAUGGCCUGUGAUCGUGCUGUGGCAGUAGGGCGUCCACUGCACUACCCUCUCCUGGUCACCAAAGCCCGUGUAGGCUAUGCAGCCCUGGCACUGGCACUGAAAGCUGUGGCUAUUGUUGUGCCUUUCCCUCUGCUGGUGGCACGAUUUGAGCACUUUCGAGCCAAGACCAUAGACCAUGCCUACUGUGCACACAUGGCGGUAGUAGAGCUGGUGGUGGGCAACACACGGGCCAACAAUUUGUAUGGGCUGGCGCUUUCACUGGCCGUGUCUGGUGUAGAUAUCCUGGGCAUCACUAGCUCCUAUGGGCUCAUUGCUCACACUGUGCUGCAGCUGCCUACCCGGGAGGCCCGUGCCAAGGCCUUUGGCACAUGUAGUUCUCACAUCUGUGUCAUUCUGGCCUUCUAUGUACCUGGUCUCUUCUCCUACCUCACACACCGCUUUGGUCAUCACACUGUCCCAAAGCCCGUGCACAUCCUUCUCUCUAAUAUCUAUUUGCUGCUGCCACCUGCUCUCAACCCACUCAUCUAUGGAGUCCGCACCAAGCAAAUCAGGGACCGACUUCUGGAAACCUUCACAUUCAGAAAAAGCCAGUUCUAAUGGGCAAAAAACAAUGGUGUCUGGUGGUACAGCCAAGAAUGUUGAAUUCCCAAAUAAAAUCUACAUCAGCACCCCCAUUUGGACUGGCCAGCAUCACUAGAAGCACAUGAUGUUGGUGUAGGAAUAUUUCACACUGCUGUGGCUACCAGAGAAUAGAGAUAUUACACAGGAAAUGUGUCAUGGUGUUGCCCAACAGGGGACUGACCUUCAGCUAAGAUUACAAUGGAAGGGACAUUGUGCAAAAGAUCUUUCACAGCAGCGUGGAGCACAGAAUGAAUAUAAUCUCAGACAAAAAGCAGGGAUUCACUGUUAGAAGGUUAGAAAAGCUGCAGGCUGCACAGGCAGACCCAAGCUCUUUGGGAAAACUCUCAUAACUGCCAGGGGUUGGAGUCAGCCAUGAGAACCUGAAGCUAAGUGCAGUGCUAACCACUCCGCACAGAUAGCUGGACCAAGUACCAUGGAAAAGCACGCAGAACAGGAGGCUGCAAAUCUGAAAAGGCAAGUGACAUCCUCUCAAGGCCAAAUGGGGUCUCACCAGGACCUCACUAACAAGGAGCUGAAGAGAAAUCCCAGAAGCUCUGCAUGAGUUUCAGAGGUGUUGUCACAUUGAGAAGAUUGACAGUUUUCCUCGAGUGUGGGCUCAGUCAUUUCAAGACUAUGAAGUUCUGAAUUGAAAAAACUCUCUCCAGGCAGUGAUUUUGUGGAUAAUUGUGACAAAACUAAUCCUAAUUGAUCAUGAGUCAUUAAGAUGUCCAUAUCCUUCUCUGAAGGAUUCCUCUUCAAUAAAUCUAUCCUGACGAAAUAAUUAAGAGAUGUGAACAAACAUGUAUGCAGUAAGAUAUUUAUUACAACAUUAUUAUAAAGAACUGUAUGUGUGACAGUCUUAUGUCACAUAUACACACGCACGCAUUUUUUUUUGCCUCUCCCCUUCUGGUACAUGAAAAAAAGAAAAUCCUAUGCAGCCAGUAUUCACAAGCAAUGAAUUCUGUCACCUUCCCACCACAGGAAACCUCUUGUCUAAGGCACCUUCAUUCCCUGGUUGUGCACAGCUCCCCAACGCAGCUGAUUCUAAAGUUGUGCAUCGUUCAUUGCAAGAACUUUCUCCAAGCCAAAAAUCCACACCCUUGGACAUUAAUAUUUUGUCUGGAUUGAGAUCACACACAUACCUACCAUGUGAUGCGUUCCAAAGACUACCGGCACUCCCUUACUCCUCACAACAAUCCAAAAAUAAUUCUAAGCCUAUAAUCCCUUAUCUACAAUUCCAAAAUAAAAAAGCCUCUGAAGAAACUA